AUGGCUCUUCAGAUGUUCUCCAAUGUUGUUCCCAACAGCCCCGAAGUCGCCGGUGAGGGCAAACCCCGACGCAGUAUUCUCUGCCCCGAGAAGCUGGUCGAGAAUUACCCCUCGUCCAAGUCCGGUGUUGUCGCUACUCUCUACGAGAACUUUCUCGAGGGAGUCCACCAUUCCCAGGGCAAGGAGUUCCUUGGUCACCGCCCUAUCGUCAAUGGCGCACCCCAAGGAUACGAGUGGCAGACAUACGACAAGGUCAAGGAGCGCGUCACCGCCUUUGGUGCCGGUCUCUCCCACCUCGGCCUUCCUACCACUGGAAAGUUGGGUAUCUUUGCCAUCAACCGUCCCGAGUGGACCAUGAGUGAGCUUGCUGGUUACGAGUACAACUACAUCACCGUUCCCCUUUACGACACCUUGGGAGUCACCGCUAUUGAGUAUAUCGUUAACCAGACUGAGAUGGAAAUCAUCAUCGCCUCCGUCGACAAGGCUUCCAUCGUCCUCAACAUGAAGGCCACCCUUCCCACCGUCAAGACCGUCAUUGUCAUGGGCGAGGUCACCGAUGCCCUCGCCUCCGAGGCCAAGCAGUUGGACGUCAACAUCCACUCCUGGACUGAUGUUGAGAAGAACGGUCGCGACCGCCCUGUCGAGGCUGUCCACCCCACCGCGGAGGAUAUCGCUACUAUCUGCUACACCUCUGGUACGACUGGCACUCCUAAGGGUGCUGUCUUGACCCACAAGAACUUUGUCUCGACCAUCGGUUCCUUCCACCUCAUGGCCAAGCACGGAAAGUUCUUCAUACCCAGCAGCGCAGAUACCCACGUUUCCUACCUCCCCCUGGCCCACGUCUUUGAGCGCCUCUGCCAGUCUGUCAUGAUCGCCGGAGGCGCCCGCAUCGGUUACUACCAGGGGGACACCCUCAAGCUGCUCGACGACGUUGUCAUCCUUCAGCCCACCAUCUUUGCCUCUGUGCCCCGUCUCUUCAACCGCAUUUACGACAAGGUCUUGGCCGGUGUCCAGGCCAAGGGAGGCAUUGCUGCCUUCCUCUUCAAGCGUGCCUACAACACCAAGAAGGCUAACCUCAGAAAGGGAAUCUUGGAACACGCCCUCUGGGACAAGCUCGUCUUUGGUGCCAUUCGCGCCCGCUUGGGUGGAAAAGUUAAGCAUAUCGUCUCUGGCUCUGCCCCCAUCUCGCCCGAUGUCAUGGAUUUCCUCCGCAUCUGCUUUAGUGCUGAUGUCUAUGAGGGUUACGGUCAGACUGAGCAAGGCGCCGGAUUGUCCAUGAGCUACCGUGGCGAUUUGACCCCCGGACAGGUCGGACCCCCACAGUUGUGUGUCGAGGUCAAGCUGAAGGAUAUCCCCUCGAUGAACUAUACUAGCCAGGAUAAGCCUUUCCCUCGCGGAGAGAUUAUGCUUCGCGGAAACUCCGUCUUCUCAGGAUACUACAAGUCCCCCAAGCAGACCGCAGAGACCUUGGAUGCCGAGGGUUGGGCCAGCACUGGAGAUGUUGGACAGUGGGACGCUCAGGGUCGCCUGGUUGUCAUCGACCGUGUCAAGAACAUUUUCAAGUUGGCUCAGGGUGAAUACAUCGCCCCCGAGAAGAUCGAGGCCGUCCUCGCCAAGCACUACCUCGUCGCCCAGGUCUUUGUCUACGGCCACUCUCUCCAGGCCACCCUCGUCGGAAUCGUCGUCCCCGAUGCCGAGACUUUGAAGUUGUGGGCCAACGAGAACAAGUUAGGCCACAAGACCUAUGAGGAGCUCUGCGCCGAGCCCCUUGUCCGCACCACUCUGCAGAAGGAACUCGCUGUCUUUGGAAAGGAGUCUGACCUCAAGGGCUUUGAGAUUCUCAAGAACGUCUAUGUUACGCCUGAGCAAUUCUCGAUCGAGAACGAUCUUUUGACCCCUACCUUCAAGUUGAAGAGACACCAGGCCAAGGAGAAGUACGACGCCGAGAUUGAGCGGAUGUACAAGGAGAUUGCAUAA